GUUGCCACUGGAAACGGAGCCAGUUGCCCGUGACAACAACACAAUUUGAACGUUAAACCUGGUCACCAAACUUCAGUCGCGCCUUGCUCUACUGAUAAUCGUGGUAAUUAUACAUAUUCGCCUCAAAAUUCAAAUCACCAGGUGCAAGGUGGUGAAGUUUCUCCGCGUAGAUACGAUUCGUGUUUGUGAUGGUAGAUACGCCGGCUCAGUAGAACAGUCGAGCUUUGGAUAAGCCAGCGUUCAGGUAACUCAAUUAUACUAAGACUUUAUAUUAAGAAAAGAGGAUAGCAAAAGUUAUUUCAAGCUUUUCAUCCGUUUUCACGCCUAUUAUACUCCGCGCAUAGUAAUUUACCCACAGAAGAAUAGAACAUUAACCCCUGCAAAUAAACGUUCACAUUGUGAAUUGAGGUGGUGUUUCAAGGAAUCUCGUUUUCCCAUAGUUUUUCGUUGAAACAAAACGGAACGAGGCUUGGUCCGGGCCUCAGCAAGAUAACUACACCUCUAGCAACCUUUGUAUAAUCUCGACACCGUUAUAAAACCAAUGAAUUAACACUUCAGAGAACCUAUGCUAUAACUAAAAUUCAAGACCGAAAUUUGACCAUAUUUCGUCUUCUGUCGAUCACACAUGGAUCAAAUCGGAUAAAAAUUAACUCCAUAUAAUAUGUAGAUUUCAAAGCUAUCUGAGAUAAUUAGUUUCAUCAUUUUUUUUUUUUUUUUGGCUAGUUAAGGAUCUCGCGGCUUUCAUUCUUCGAUGACAUGAAGAUUGUAUUUUUUUUUAUUACUAUCUUGAAAGGAGAAAACUAAAAGCUACUUGACAAGAGCAGUUCACACAAAAAACGAGGACUAAAAAACGAAAAUCGAAAAUCUGCCGUUUUUAAUUACAAAUGGAGGUUAUUCACCACUUACUUUAAAUUUGAAUAAACAUGAAUUGAGCCAUUCGCAUAAACAUACCGGACUUAGCUUUAAUGUAUUUCCUAAAAUUUGCGAAUAAUCAAUUGAGAUCAGCCAAUCGAUCUACAUUUUUCAUCAGUUGGGGAUUUUUAGUAAGAGAAAGAAUUUUCAUCAGUUGAGAACUGACGCUAAUAAGGCGGUAAUUGUGAAGGCGUUAUUAAAAUGCCCGAAGGCUGGUUUCCACUCAAGAAAAAGCAUAAGCAUUGAACAUGCGCGUAAAGUAGCACCUUUUGCUUGGAAAUGUUUGUUACUACGGGCAGUAAAAGUCAACAUUUUACUGUGUGCUAAUGCUUAUGUGCUUGCGGAAUCCAGCCUUGAGAAACUUCUGCGCUGCGUGAUAAAGUUACUAAUGUAAUAUAACAUUGGUCAAGAAUUCUUACUUGGACGUCUGGGAAACCCCUGCCCCACGUACUUAAGUUAUCGUUUACUUAUGUCAAUACUUGGCGAAAUUCCGACAACGAAAAGAAGACCUCUCAAAGCUGCGACGAGACAAAGCCUUAAAAUUAAGACUGGAGGAAAACAUAGUCAAUCUCACAUGCUGGAGCACUAUCAACCGAAGUGAUUUUUAUCUCUUCCAGUUACUAAGUCCAAGGACGUAAAGUAUGUAUUAACCGUUAUUCAUUAAACCUUUCAGCUUUAAUAACUUGAAGUUUAUCAUACACGACAGCUGCUGCAACCCAUUCAAUGAAAACACUAAUAACCCCGAGCGACUUCAUGCUAGUUAACAUAAAAGUUUUGACAGGAAAUUUUACCAAAAAUGACAGCUUUUGCGCUGUUGAACUGAAAUUAAAAAUACAAAUGAAAAAACAACGGUGGUAUAUCAAAUGUCUACAUUUACUCAGGCUGCACUUGAAUGUGUUUUGUCUUUAUAUUUUAUAACACAGAACAGACGUCUGCAAUUUCUUCCCGUGUUUAAUGAUGAUUUAAGAAGUGUAAAACUGAAGAAAAAGACUGCAAGACCAUAAAAGAUACAAGGGCUAGAGUACAACACCAACAACUGGCAGUUCAUUGCAGCUAACAGCUCGAACGCGCAACGCUAUACAGUUAUACACUUAUUAACAGGUACGUAAUCCUACCUUAAUGCUGUUGAUUUAAAUUAACGUGUACCAAAUUGUUACCCUUAUAUUUAAAACUGAAUGCUAAAAGAAGAGGACAUUCUAUUCUUUGCAGUUUGCACCUCAGGGAUUAAUUUGAAAAUAUUGUAUCCAGCCGACCUGUCAGAAACGUUGAACAAACCAAGCUGAAUUGUCACGGUUUAAGUUUCGGGUUGACGCUGUACACGAUAUUCAAAAUAUACUCUAGUUAGUUUUGACACAGGUCAACACAGUCGACAACAGUGAGUCCGAAUUUUUCAUGACAAGAAAGAGUCUUGAAAGGGUACAGGUAUCAAGUCUUACAAAACCAUCUAAAAACUGACCUAUACUGUUGGUAAAAACGAGGUAUCUUUCCAUCUUUAAAGUCUUAAAAUCAAUACGCAGGAUAGAAACUUUAGCGAACAAAACUUUGCACGUAUUUAGCCGCAAAUAGAAACUGCUGUUUUCUCUUUUUCUAUUGAACGGAAAUUAAACAUUUUUUUUUUUAUUUCAGUAUCACAUCAGGAAAUUGCUUGUAGCUGUCAUAAUUUUGGGAUUUCGAUUAAAAUAGCGCGCAUUGUUUAAUCUGAAAAGGAUUCUUAGGAUAAUUCUCAAUAAAAAUUUCGCUCGCAAAAAUACAUCAAGAGUACUGCCUCUAGCUUCGAAAGCUGGGCGGUACAACAUUUUUAAAUCGUUCUAAUGAUCAAGCUUUGCACUGUACUCAAUGUUCGGCGAGCUUAGAAACGCCGCUGUAUUGUAGUGAAAAUACUGAGGCGGCUGCAUUCAAAUCCGUGUGUUUUAAAAUAUCGAUUUCAUCUUCUGUUGUCAUUCUAAUUUCACCAUUGUUUCAUUGACAACAAUUUAAGCUCACUUUUUUCCAGUGGAUUGUUUAUUUGAUUUAUUUCCAUUUGCUACAUUGUUUAAUUAACAUUCAUAGGAAAAUUUUCGGGCUUUUUUUACGGGGACAUAACUUCGCACCUGAGUGAGUGAGAUCUUUAUCAAAGAGUCAAAAACCUUAUAGCCUGGAAAUAAUACACCAUACUAAUUAGGGGACACUGCUAAAAAAACUAUAAAAAUACUAUACUAAUACUAACAUUAAUACAAUCUUGAUCAAAGAAGGAAAUUUUACUAACAAGCUAUAAGAGUAUGGCUCUACGAAAUCUGGCAAUAUCUUAGCAUGGAAGACAACACGAACUUGUUAUAUUUCAAAACGCAUCUAGCCGUGUUUCGGUUUACACGCCGCAUCAAAAACAUUCACGAAAGCACAUGAAUUAAGAGUAUUUUAAUCACGGCAAAAACGUUCUAUUUCGGAGGAAAGUUAACUUCCACGUCAAACCAAGGAUUUACGAUUCGUUAAGCGACAUUAAGCUGUAGGUUAACCUUACAAAAGUAAAUUAAAAUUUAGCCUUCAGUCCUUGUAUACAGUGCUCUAAUAUCUAUUUGUCUGCAGCUCGUCACAUCAUAUGAAAACUUCUGUCAAAAAAGGUAACAUCUUGGUUUCAAAAUAUCAAGUGAACAUUAAUCAGGGGGAAUGUAAGGUAAUAAAAAAAGUAAUAUCAAGAGAAACUUAAACCAAAUGCGGAGAAAUAAUGAACUCAUAUAUCGUCGGCGCCUCUCACUGGACUCUCAUGGUUGUGUUAAAACUGUCACAGAUUUCCCCCUUCUUAACCCUUUGCCCUCUCCUAAAUUUUAAGUCUUUAAUCAGUAGAUAUUUUUAUUAUUUUUACCCGAAUUUUCUCAGGCUUUCUGUAACUAUAGCUCGGCUGGUAAAAACAUAUCUUCCAGAUGGUAUGAGCUCGCAUUCAUUGGGAGAUGGCAGGUGGAUGAGUUGUCCUGAUGUAGACAAGCCGGAAAGCGAACAUGACUUUUGUAAAUCAUUUGAACGAACUCCGCAGGAGAUAAACUCCAGCUAAAUAAGAAUUCGAUUAAUGAGAAAAUGGUUGAGUCGUGAAUUCAACUACUCAUCAAUUUAACUGACUCUUGCGUUGCUUUUUGUUUCUCUCUCAGCCGAAUUGUUUUCAUCUUUCGUAUGCCUUUGAAAACGAAUCAUUCGAGAUUCGACAGAUUUUUUUCCACAGGCUAUUCUUUUACAUUAUAUAUUCUCGAGUGGCAGCUGUCCUCUUAAAAGGAAAUUAUAUCCUGGUUGUUUAAACGAAACCCACCUUUUUUCUUUACAAACAGUUGACAAUUACUGUCUCCCCUGUUUUCUGCCACUCAAGGAGAACUGAGCAUGUUUCCUUGCUCAAGCGCACUUAGCAAACAAUUUCUUUCCCAUUUUUUGUAAUUUAUUUACCCAGGAGCGAAGUGAAAUGUCCUAUUUUUAUGCUAAUUACAUGCAAACAUUAACACAAUAUUUUUCUUUUCAGAAAACUGCAAACAUAGUCGCCGGGUCUAGAUAAUUGAUCCAUUCUGUAUUGAUUGGGUCGAGCCAGUGGGUCACGGACUGCUGUGGAAAACAACGGUCGAGUGAAACAGAGCCAGGAAGUUUACAAAAUGAUCAACACUACACAGGACACCCAGCUGAAUGCAACUGAAUCCACCUCAAAAACAACUCCAUUGAGAAGUGAUGUUGAGGUGUACAUACAAGUAAUUUUGCUAGUAUUUAUCAGCAUUGGCAGCGUUUUGGGUAACACCUUCGUGGUUGCCAUCGUGGUCUUCAACCACAAACUUCACAAACCGACUUACUACUUCAUCGGAAGCCUCGCAUCUGCGGAUUUUCUUGUAGGAGCCAUCUAUAUUCCAUUUUACAUCGCGUCCUCGCUCGCUCAGGAGUGGUACAUGUCAACUGCGUGGUGCGGGUGGCACGCGGCGUUCGUUUCACUGAGUCUGAACGCCUCUCUCAUGACACUCUGUUUGGUGAGUGUAGAUCGGUUUCUCGCGAUAACCGAUCCUUUAAGGUACCAGACUACGCUGACCACUUUCCGUUCAGCUUUGGCACUACUGGUGGGCUGGGUCCAUUCCAUUUUCUGGGCUUUUGCACCGCAGGUUGGCUGGGGCGAGGUCAUAUAUGAUCCCAAGACCUCCACCUGCCGUCCAAACUGGGGCGCGAAGGGACUGGCGAAUAGAGUGUACGUUCUCGGUUUGGCGUUCUUUCCAUUUGCUGUUCCAGUGUUGUGCAUGGUCUACUGUUACUGUAGGAUAUUCUUCGUAGCCAGAUACCAUGUGAAGAGCAUCAAAAAGAAUUCGGUGAACACAUCUGGCUCCAGCGAACAAGGCCAAAGAGUAAUGGAAACAAAGGCCAUGAAAACACUGCUUAUCGUGCUGGGAGCGUUCGUGAUCUCAUGGCUUCCUUACACUGUUUGCUCUGUUGCUAAGAUGGCCACUAAAGGGUCCUGGAAACUCUCUAGCAGUGCUUUAAACGCGGUGCUCACCAUCACUACUUUGAACGGCUGCGUGAAUCCCGUGAUCUACGCUAUCCGAGAUCAGCGGUUUCGCAACGGAAUGAAACGGGUGUUGUGUCCACUGGCGUCAAAAGACUCUCGAGAGUUCAGCAGCUACCUUUCUACAAGGGCAGAAAUGAACAAAGAAUCUGCAGUGCAGAAUGUGGAAUUAGGAAACAUCAAUAUUUCCCAGGAAACUUGAGGUGAUAAGCUUUAAAGUGAUCGAUGGCACUCGGACGCUAAAUAAAACCAAUUUCUAGCCAACAAAAACGGUAUACCGUCUUUGCAGACCCAAAGUUCAAAGUCGGACUGUAUAACGCACGCAUGUCAGUAAAAUUCCCUUUUCGGCGUAUUGCGCAAGAGUAAAACAUUCUUUGUCGGCUGUUGGUUGGAGGUGAUAUAGUGAUCCGUCAACGAAUCAAAUGAAAAGGGAAGUAAAUCCAGUGAUAACUGUACAUAAUGCUAUCUCGAAGAUAUUGGAAUCCAUUUAUACGACCAAGGCAUCAUAAACGUUCAUGAAGCAGGAUGACUGUUCUCUCUUCUUCAGAGGGCGAAUCCGCUAAGAAAAGUCACUGCAGGCGCAAGACAACGCUUGUUUUUGUGCCUCGCCUGGUGGCCUGCGAGCGAGGCUCCCGGCAAGGGCGGCAAAAAAAUCAGCAAGCGAAGCGAGCCAACGAGUGUGAAAAGAAAUUCGCCUGCACUCAGAUCCUACAGCGGACUUCUCCAUCGAGCCUCUCAAGAAGAGAAAGAUGACCGAAUAGGCCAUUUUGCUAAUGAAAAUAUUUCCUAGUUCCAUUCCCUUGUGGAGCAAGAAGUGAUCACUCGGCCAAUUUUGCCCCCACAAGGGAGCAAAAUGGUGUGUUAACUUGGAUAAUAAUUUAAUAGGGAACUCGACUGAUCUUUUGGGCGUAAGGCACUUCUUCUCAAAACUGUUUUAAAAGAGAUAGCAUCGUUUAUUUCUCGCUUUUGUAUUUACAAAAUAGGCUUUAAAGAAAAAAACUAAACUAAGUCACCAGGACUAUCCUAAUUAUUACAGCACCGGUAGAUACGUCACUCUGUAUAAACAAAUUUCCGUAAAAUUCCAAAAUAAUUUAUAGUUUAAAUUUACGCGAAAAUGUUAAAUAUUUCAGUUAAUUACAUUUUUUCUUAUAUUAGAAAUAAUAUCGUAUCGGCCUCUGCGGCCGUAUAAGUCACACAAGUUAUUAAUUUUUUGUCAGUAAAUAAGCCCUUAUUAACUUAAUGCUGGGGGUAACCCUGCGAUGGACUAGCAUCCCAUCCAGGGGGGAGUAGAAAUCCUCCUAGUCGCUUC